CAAAGCUUUCAAAGAUGGUGCACUCAUGGCUUUUUUAAAGAAAAAUAUCUGUAAAGUUUCUCUCCUGCAACACCGUAUCGCUCAGUUUGUCUACCUAAAACAGACUCAGAAGUUAUAAGUAAAAACCGCUCUUAUCUUACACGCGUUUGAGUUCAAACUUCAGCAAAUAUGGACGGAUUGUGAUAGUGUCGAGUAGAACUUUACAAAGCCGAUUUCUUAAUACCUCGCGUAGCGGGUAAAACAGUAGGUUUAAAGAGAGAGCUUGAAAGAAACGGUUAUUGUUAUGAUUGAAUCCCCUGAGGGAGACGAGUAUUCAUGCGUAAACUCCUUCACUUCCCUAUUCAGCCCACUCGCUUCAGUCCUUCCGCAAAGCAGGUGUUUUAAACAGCGCCUUGUUUCAGAUGCAGAGGCUUUUAAGUGGUGUGCGUUUGCGCAUUUACACUCUCCCAUUUAAGUGACACAAUGUCCAAAAUUCAUUAAGUCAGUUAGGAUUAGAUUUGCUAGGCUCCAGUUUAGAGGACAUCAUGAAGUUUAACGGGUAUCUGAAGUUGCGCAUCGGCGAAGCGGUGGACCUGAAGCCCACGACCACCUCUUUGCGACACGCCGUGAUGUUCAACAAAGCGAACCAGACCUUGGACCCGUAUAUCAUCGUAAAAGUGGACGAGUAUAAAAUCGGACAGACACAUACCAAGCAAAAAACCAACAUGCCCACUUAUAACGAGGAGUUCUCCGUUAACGUCAACAGCGGCAAGCAAUUAGAGUUGGCCGUUUUUCAUGACGCACCGAUCGGGUACGAUGACUUCGUGGCCAACUGCACCAUCCAGUUUGAUGAUCUGAUGAAGAGUACGAACAGAGAGGAGUCUUUUGAAGGAUGGGUUGACCUUGAGCCUGAGGGUAAGGUCUACAUCCAUGUUAAUCUCACGGGCUCAUUUAUAGACGAUGACACUGGAGGAAACGCACGUACCUAUAAGGAAUUUAAUCGAGUACGGCAGCAGGCAGUCCGAAGGAAAAUCCACCAAGUUAACGGGCACAAGUUCAUGUCGACCUUCCUAAAGCAACCAACGUUCUGCUUCCACUGCAAAGAAUUUAUAUGGGGUGUUUUUGGAAAACAGGGCUACCAAUGUCAAGUGUGCACCUGUGUGGUGCACAAGCGAUGCCAUCAGUUUGUGGUUACGGUGUGUCCACGCAUGAAGAAGCCUGCCAAGGAACAGACUACAAAUCAGGGUUUCAGUAUAAACAUUCCCCAUAAGUUCAACAUCCACAAUUAUAAGGUUCCUACCUUCUGUGACCACUGUGGCUCUCUGCUGUGGGGCCUCGUACGGCAAGGAUUGCACUGCAAAAUUUGUAAAAUGAACGUCCAUAUCCGCUGUAAGGGAAAUGUUGCACCAAAUUGUGGAGUCAACAAUGUAGAACUGGCCAAUAAACUGGCGGAAAUGGGCCUUCAGCCAGGAGGAAUGACCAAACGGAACUCCAUGGGUCUGGCAGGUAUGGACACUCAGUCCCGGACGUUGAGUGUGAGAGGAGAUCGAAGGGAAUCUAAAAAAGAGCAGAGUUGGAAACUGGGAAUUUCAAACUUCACGCUUUUGCAGGUGUUGGGAAAAGGCAGCUUUGGCAAGGUGAUGCUGGUCCGGUUGAAUGAUUCAGAUCAAGUGUUUGCAGUGAAGGUCUUGAAGAAAGAUAUCAUACUGCAGGAUGAUGAUGUGGAGUGCACCAUGACAGAAAAACGAGUGUUAUCCCUCGCUUCCUCUCAUCCUUACCUCACUCAGCUCUUCUGCUGCUUCCAGACACCGGAUCGUUUGUUCUUUGUAAUGGAGUUUGUGAAUGGAGGAGAUCUGAUGUUUCAUAUUCAGAAAUCCAGAAAGUUUGAGGAGAACAGAGCCAGAUUCUACACAGCGGAGAUCACGUCUGCUCUCAUAUUCCUUCACAGCAAGGGGAUUAUAUACAGGGAUCUGAAGUUGGAUAACGUUCUGCUGGAUAAGGAUGGUCAUUGUAAACUGGCUGAUUUUGGCAUGUGUAAGGAGGGAAUGUUUGAGGGUCUUGUCACAGGAACCUUCUGUGGAACUCCUGAUUACAUUGCUCCAGAGAUCCUUCAGGAGAUGCUGUACGGGCCGUCGGUUGAUUGGUGGGCUCUCGGUGUGCUUCUGUAUGAGAUGCUGUCUGGCCACGCCCCCUUUGAGGCAGAGAAUGAGGAUGACCUUUUUGAGUCCAUCCUGACCGAAGAAAUUGUCUACGCUUCCUGGCUCGGCACAAAUGCUGUGAACAUAUUGAAAGGGUUUCUGACAAAGAAUCCAUCCCGCCGUCUGGGUUGUGUGGCUGUAGAGGGUGGAGAGACUGCUGUAACCAGUCACGCAUUUUUUACUGGCAUUGACUGGGACAAACUAAACCGGCGAGAGCUUGACCCACCUUUCAAGCCCAGAAUUAAAACUGCAGAAGAUGUGAAUAAUUUUGAUCCAGACUUCACCCAAGAGGAACCUACGCUUACGCCCAUUGAUGACGGCAUCAUUCCAUCCAUCAAUCAGGACGAGUUCCGUGACUUCUCCUUUACCUCUCCUGAACUCUUGAAAGUUGUUUCGGAAAUGCAAAGUAGAGACGAAGAAACGUGUGAUGUUAUGAAGAAGGAACGGAAUGCAGGAGAAUUCGGUGAUGUGAUAGAUCCAAAUGAAUUGUGACAAUAGAAACUUGCCGGAGCAGUCUAAAAGAACAUUUGGAUAGCAGUUUAUCAAAGCCGGUUCAUUUCAGUGGCCUAGCUUUAUGAUGUUUCUGCUUUAGCACAACAGUAUAAUUAUCUUUGUGUCAGAUGCAUCGUGAGUGAUAAGCAAAGAUCUCCAUGAGAUGCUUUAUUCCAGAAGACACCAGUUUACAUCAAUCUGAUCAACAGAUGAGCUGGUCUAUAUUUAACUGAUGUAACAGUGUUCAUAUCUAAAUGUUUAGGAAACUUGAUUUGACCCCUCUGCACUUGCUGUCUCCAACACAGACAACUGUCAUGCAGAAGCAUCACUAAUUCUUUCAGAAUCAUUCUGUUGUCAUGGAACCAGUUUCAAAAUCAGACCCAUGAGAAUGUAUUUUAAAUGGAAACUCUAGUUUUGUAAAAUAUUUUCAUACAUUUCAGUUUACGUGUGCAGUUUGUUGUUUUGUCUAUUUGUUUGUUUGUUUACUAUUACGUUUUAGGUCAGAAUUUCACCCUUGAUUCACUCCAGCAUCUGUAGAUGUAUUUUAUUUUUGAUAAAGGUUGCAGUAUUGAGUUCUCUUA